AUGGAUACAGAUUCUACGCUCUCGAUUGCACGACUCAAGCAUGAGGUAAUUGGGAGUACUCCCGUUCUUCCAUUCUCGCUGCUCUCUGGCGACGUAGGCUCGAUUCGAAAUGCUGCUUCACGGGCCUGCGAUGUUCCUCUGUCAGCUAUCGAAGACAUUUAUCCAUGCACACCAAUGCAACAAGGGCUUAUGGCUUUGUCAUCAAAACAUACGGGGAGCUAUAUAAACCAGGAGCUGUUCCGUCUGGAGAAGCACGUAGCAACAACUCGCAUGAUCUCUUCGUUGAAAGACGUCAUAAAUGCGUGGCCAAUCCUACGGACCCGAAUUGUUAAUAUUCCUCAUGUCGGCCUUGUCCAAGUUGUCAUUAAAGAGGAGAUCACGAUACCUCUAAGCCGAAACAAGAAAGAGCUUGUCGAAUCCUAUACAGAUUCUACACCAUCGCUGGGCGAUAGGCUCAGCCAAUUCGCGAUAUGCGAAGGUAACUCUCCAGGCGAGAGCUUUGUACUGUGGAGGGCACACCACGCCAUCUAUGACGCAUGGUCAGUGAAUUUGCUGCUUCAAGAUAUUGCUACUUGCUAC